GAGUCAGUGUAUGUAUCAUGUAUGUAUGUGUGUUUCUCUCUCUUCUUUCUCUCUCUCUCUUAAAACUCUGAGUUUGUUUGUUACUACUACUGCUUUAUUAUUUCAUUCACAACAACAGAACCUGAUUCUCUGAAAAACGCAACCCACGAAUCACUUUUCUCCUUUUCUUCUUCUUUCUUUUCACUUUCCUCUCUUUUCUCCUUCCAACAUAAACACCACAGUGUCUCUCAUUCGAAUGGACGAGAACGAGAACGAGAACAAGCUUAUUCUGAAAUGGACAAAACCUCAAUGAAACGUGCAACAACUCGAACCACAAACCGACACAUUCGCAAAAAACAACAACAACAACAACAAUCUGUAACAGGUUUCAAAAAAUCGAAGAAGGAAAAGUUAAGAACCUUGAGCUCAAUGGGUUGCAAUCUCGAUCAUCAUUCUCAUAAAUCAAUUUCCAAUAACAAAAAGGUUUUCAAUGAAUGCAAUGGCGUUGAUCAUGCCUCUGUUCCGCGUAAGAUACGUUCAGCCAUGAAGAAGCGGGGUCGUGAAUCGAUUUUAACUGAUUCUGAAAAGCUGAAAUAUGGAAUAGAAUCUGCUCAAAAAGAUAGCAUAAAGAAAUCCAAAAAACAAGUUGAACUUGGGCCCAUUACAAAAGAUGAACAAGAGGUUGCUGAGACUCUGUAUGCCUUGGCUGGAAUGUUUCCUACCAAUGAUGAGAGUGAACUAGACCGCGAAUCGAAGAAAUUAUCGGUUUCGCAGGACCAAGAUGAGAGUGCUAAUGUUAUUUAUCAAGAAGCUACUGAGGAUGUUAAUCUUAUUGCUGAAAGUUCAGCUAAGGGAGCAGUGAAAAAUAGUCCUUUGAGCGAAGCCGUUGGUGUUGAACAGAUUGGUUUACACAGAAGUGAAGAUUUCUCGGUGGCAACUCACAGCACGACUCCAAAAGUAAAUCUGCAGGGAGUGACUAUGAUGGUUAAGAGGAGUGAAAAUGAUGUUAAAGCGGAAUUGCAUGACUCUGAGUUGUGUCUUGGAAUGGGAUUAAAUGCAUCCACACAAUCGCAAAUUUCACAAAUUGGGGGAAAAGUAGACGUGGAGUAUGAGACGGCUGGUGGCAUUGAUUGUAAGCAAGAGCAACAUAUAAUCAAGUACCAGAGAGAAAAUGAUGGUCUAACAUUAUGGACAGGCUCGACGGCAAGGGCAUCUACUGCGAUUAAUGCUUCUUAUUUGCAGUCUUCUGCUGCCGCUAAAGCUCCACAUUGGUUGAAUGCUGCUAUUAGCAACUCCAAACAUGAUUUCAUGGAAAGAAGUUCUUCUGGUGGAAAGAUUUCCAAAACUUCCGUUCGUAAGAAGUCAUGGAAGAGUUGUGCAGCUCAUGUUCACAUCAGUCAACUCAUCCGGAGUUUAGAACUACCAAAACCGCAGGUUGCCAAAGAACCUGAGCUUUACGAGUGUGAUCAAAUCAGAGUACAACACCAAGGGUCAAAGUGUGGAGUUCUAACCGAUGCACAAAACUCAAAUACGACGAGAAAUGGAAAUGCUUUUGCUGCCAGAACAGUUCAAUCUGCUAGUUUGAAGAAUUUCCCUGAAAAUAAAAAUGGUGUUCUUCAGCAGCAGUGCCAUUUUCUUGACAUAUCUCUGUCUCAGCCAUCUCCAACACCUUCAAAACAUGCUCCUCAAUCGCAAAGUUUCAACUUCUUGUCCUUGUCGGCUGGAUGUAACGGCUUGAAGGUUGAUGAUUGUUUAAUUAAAGGUGGAAGUAGGUUGGGACCAUUCUCAAAAUCACAAGCCCCUUAUUUUCGGUCUAUACAACAGCAGCAUGGUGGACUCAUGGCAAUACCUACAACUUCAAAUCAGUAUACAUCCACUUCUUACCUUGAUCAGCUUCCUACUGCAGGACCACAGGUUCGGUUGCAGCAACCUCAUUAUUAUGGUACACCAUUAUGUGGAACUCAAUAUAGUUCGACAAAUUCAUAUAAACAGCAGUACCAAAACAUUUGGGCGGCGCAACUAGUAACACAAGGUGGGUCUAGCGGCGUAAAUAACAAUAUCAUGAGAGUCCAAUAUCCUAACUGGCAAAGUGGAAGACAUGAAACUGGUGUAGUCAAUCCGGGUGUCCAAGUCAUGGUUCCUUACCAUUCUCUUGCAUCGCUAGAGUCACUUGGUUCAAAGAUAACUUCAAUCUCUGAUCAACAACAGUCCUUUACACCUGCUUCAUCAAUUUCAUUAUCCAGGACAAAUGGGCUAGAAGAAAUUAGAGGCAGAUUCCAUGGUAGCGGUGCCUCAUCGUUGCAGUUGCUGUGUGAUGAACGCAUAUGAAACUGAACACUUAGUUCACUUUCUGUUUGAAAAGCCAUGUUAUUCAUCUCGAGACGUGAGCCAUGUACAUGGCACAAAAGUCGUGAAGUCUAUAUAUUACAGGAGAUUCUUGCUGAGUAUGCAAAGAGAGAAAAAUAAAUGCUUCUAUAUCUUCCUAAGUUAAUCUUUUUGAACUUGUAUGCUUUGAUUUGUAGAUGCCCGGUUAUUGGUUAUUGGUUAUUGUUUACUUGUGGAAUGUCAUGUAUAAAUUAACAAAUCCAUAGGAACAACUCAAUUACCAGACCUAAAAAAAGAACAAGACAUGUUGCCAAAGAGCCCAAACUAUAUUACUGUUAUUGUUUAUAGAAACACACAUGCUGAUUGGCUAAUAUUAGAAUUAGUGCACUUUCAA